CAGAAACAUCCGACUCAGGACAGAAACACACGACCUCUAAAAAAUGGACCAAACUCUAUAUUUGAUUCUUCUUCUCAUUGCUCUCUGCUCCGUAUCUGAAUGUGUUCAGCGUCGGUAUCACUUUAUAAACGAGGAGAAGACCUGGACUGAAGCUCAGAGAAUCUGCAGAGAGAAUUACACAGAUCUGGCCACCGUUGACAACAUGAACGACAUGGACGAGCUGAAGAGGAUUGUGAAAGAUGAACAUAAUAAUCUGUAUAUCUGGAUUGGGCUGAAGAAGACUGGUAAUAAUAAAUGGCAGUGGUCUUCAGGUGAACCUGCGCUCUAUCUGAACUGGACUACUGGACAACCUGAAGAUAACGACGAGAUGUGUGCUAUAAUGAGAAAUGGAGAAUGGCAUGAUGUGUCAUGUGGGGAGAGCCUGACUUUCAUCUGCAGUUCAUCUAACAACAUGAGCACAGGACUCGUCUUUGUCAAUGAGAAGAAGAACUGGAGAGACGCUCAGAGUUUCUGCAGACAGAAUAAAACUGAACUGGUCAGUGUGAGGAACGAGGAUGAGAAUCAACAGGUUCAGAAGUUCAUCAAUGAUAACACUCACAGAUCUACUAAUGAUGUCUGGAUCGGUCUGUUCAGAGACUCAUGGGAGUGGUCAGAUCAGAGUAACUCCUCUUUCAGAAACUGGGAUACUGGUGAACCUAAUAAUGGUGUAGAUUUUGAAAACAGUGCAACAUUCAGAUCAAACCCUCAGGGUCAAUGGCUUGACGACUCUGUCAAUGAGGAACGCACUUUUAUGUGUCAUGAAGAUAAACUGAUUCUGAUCAAUGAGACUCUGACGUGGACUGAAGCUCUGAGAUACUGCAGACAGAAUUAUACGGAUCUGGUCUUGGUUUAUUCAGCCGAGACGCAGCGUCGUGUGAUGAAUGUGGUUAAACGUGCGUCUACUGAGGCGGUGUGGUUGGGUUUACGUCACUCCCGUAUUCUGGACAUCUGGUACUGGGUGAGCGGAGAGACCGUGUGCUAUAAGAACUGGGCUUCAGGGAACGGCACAGACGAGGACUGUCAGGGUACAGGGAGAUCUGGAGCAGUUCAGACUGGAGGAGAUCAGAGAUGGAUCAGCCUUCCUGAAGACCGAAAACUCAACUUCAUCUGCAGCAGAUAUUAGGAGUGAAGGAGAUGUGUGUGUUCUUACAUAACCAUUUAACUGGCAAACGCUUUUUUUAAUCAUCAGAUUAUGUGCUUAUAUCAGUACAAUUAAAUUAAUUUCUAUCAUCUAAAAUAAUCAUUUGAGUAUGUUUACUGUCAAUGUAUUGUUCUUUGGGCAUUUCAAAUACUAAUGUGCACUAUAUGUGUCAAAACCCAUUUCAUUUGUGGCUUUUACAAACAUUUACAUUUUAAAUCCACAUUUGUUCUCUGAAAAAAACAUAUACUUGCUGUUAAAUAGAAAGUAGAAGAUCAUGAUUGGAGGAUGUAAAUAUUUAAAAGAAAAAGCAAAGCCCAAGUCUGUUGAUUUCAUGGGAUCUCUGUAUUCUGGUGGUGUGUUUUCUUUCUCCUCCUCAUGCCUGUGUUUUGCACUAGUCAUAUAUUUACAAAUAAUUGUUUGAAAUAUGAUUGUGAGCAUCUAUAUGUGCCUCAAUUAAAUUUGGUUUAUACUUAAAGAAAAAUUAAAGUUGAGUGUAAAGUAUCUUGCAACCUGUAAUUGUGCUUAACAACACCAGCUCAAAUAAAUAUAUUUACA